AUGCCCUUCCACCUCUCCCUCCACAACCCCACCCCAUCUCCGCGUUCCUUCCCCACGGAGCUCCGCGCCGGCAGAGCCGCUCUSCUCUCCCUGCUCCUCACGGCCGCUCUGAGCCAACUCUCACAUGAAAAAUCCCUUCCCGGCGAGCUCCGCGAGCACGAGGACCCCCGGCAGAGCCCGGGUUUGAUCCGYUGUGGCGAGUACAGCAAUCAGGUGCUGGCCGACGGGCGAUGCCGAAUCGUGGCCACCUUGCCGCAGGGYGACGAGCGCCGCUGCCCCGACCUGUUCCGCUGCACCGAUGAGGUCUCCUAUUGGCUCCACGAGAACGAGGAGCGCAAGCAGCAGAUCUUGGAGCUCCGCGAGCUGAUCGCCGAGCUCCAGGAGGAGCUGCGCAACCACCGGCACCGCGUCAAGGCGCUGGAGAUUCAGCACGAGGAGGCGGCCGGGCUCAACCGGAGCCUGCAGCAGCGGGUUCAGGAGCUGGAGCUCCGCUCUGGCGAAUCCUCCACGCUGCAGCACAUCCAGGCCACGCUGCUCUACGACAUCCAGGCGCAGCUCAACAACAUCUCCGCCCUGGCAGACUGGGCCUGGCGUAACCCGGGCUGCGCGCCGGCGGCGGAUAUCGCACAGCACCUGCAGCACCCGGGCGGUGGUUGGACGGUGAUCCAGAGGCGCCAGGACGGAUCCGUGGAUUUCAACCGAACCUGGAACGAGUACAAGGACGGAUUUGGGGAUCUCAACGGGGAAUUCUGGCUGGGAAACGACAACAUCCACCGAAUCACGAGCCAGGGCGAUUAUUCCCUACGGAUCGACCUCGAGGAUUGGAACAACAAACACAAACACGCUUUUUACCAGGUCUUCAGAAACAUCUGCGCCGAGAUCUCCCACGGGGGCUGGUGGUACCACCAGUGCUUCUUCUCCAACCUCAACGGUGUUUAUUACAAGAAAAUUUCUCACACCGAGAUCUCCCACGGGGGCUGGUGGUACCACCAGUGCUUCUUCUCCAAUCUCAACGGCAUUUACUACAAGAGCGGGAAUAAAACGAGUCCCGGGCUCUGGAGCGAUCCAACUUUUCCAGAGGUGGGGGGUCUGGAAUGA